AAAAAAUGAAAUAUUGAAAAUACUUCACAGACUCAUUUACAUUACAUUGAGUAAGGUUGUUCCUGAUAACAAGAAUACUUAUAAGCCUGAAGUUGACAAAGCUAGUGUUUCAAACAUUUGUUAUUGAAUACCACGUUACAGAAACAGAUUGUGACAUUUGAAAUAUUAGGUCACCUGAUAACAUGGCUCAAGCGUCCUCUAGUACAUAUACCAGUAACCUUGAUGAACAUGAAGAAAGGGUUGCCAAGGAACUAUGUGCUCUCACAGCAGAAGUAUUCCGAGAUCAUGAGAAGGAGGCAAUGAAAAUAAUUGAACUGGGGAAUAUUUACAAAGAACGUUGUAAGAAGGAGACAAAUGACAGAGAGGUCUAUGUUCAUGCUGUGGCACUAUAUAAUGGUGCAAAGGCCUGUCUUAAUGCUGUUCCUAACAACUUGUCCAAAUAUGACAUGUACACUAAAAAAAUCAAAGCAGCAUGUGAUGAGAUAAACAAUCUCUAUUUGAGUAACAUUGUGAAUGGAUCAACAGCGCCACCCUAUAAAAAACUCAAAAGAGAUGAAGGACAUGAAACAGAACCAAAAUUAAACAACGAUAAAAAGGAAAUUACAGAUUUCCGGAAAAAACUUAAAGGUGGCAUGAACAAGGUCGUUGAAGUGUGGGAUAGGUGCCCCAAACCUAACACAGGGAAAAAUCCAAAAUAUAAAAAUGAGUUAAAUGAUGCAACUAAAUCUAUUUGUCAAGACAAUACAAAUUUUGUGAAGAAAUUCAGCUCUGGGAUAAUGGAACGAUGUAUCUCAGUAUGUGGACCUCCUCCCUGUAGAUUCACCAUGGUGGGUCUAGGGUCACUAGCCCGAGGUGAAUCUACUCCAUACUCCGAUUUGGAGUACCUGUUUUUGACGGCCGAUGACAGGUAUGAUGAGUAUUUCCUCAACUUGCAUUUUUAUUUCCAAAUGCAAGUACUUAACCUUGGAGAGACUCCUCUACCAGCUGUGGGAAUCAAUUCCCUGAAUGACUUUUACAACCCACACGUUUCAAAUAACUUCUAUGAUGAUGUUACACCUAGUGGCUUUAAACUAGAUGGCAACAUGCCAUGGGCCUGUAAAAUACCCCCAGGUCACAAAGGAACCAUAAGGAAAGAACCACUGAAACUCAUCGGUACUCCAAAAUAUAUGGCAGAGCUUAGUACAACUGAAGCAGAUAAGAAACAUGGCUAUCACUUAGCAACCAUCAUCUCCACGGCAACCAGAAUUAUGGGAGACGAGGAACUGUUCAAUACAUUCCGAGAUCUAUUACUGACUGUCCGAGGGAGUGAAAAUGCUGAACAUAUGUAUGAAGCCUGUUUAGAACGUUUGAAAGAGGACUGUAAAAAGUAUGAGUUCACAAUAGACAACCUGAGUGUACUAAGUAGAAAUGCCAAGAAAGAUUACUAUAGAUUUCCAUCUAUCUUGGUGAACAAUCUUAAAGACAUAUACGGUAUUCAAAAAACAUCUCCCUGGGAUAUAAUCGAUGAGUUACAGGCACAUAUGAGUUCUGAUUCCUGCUCUGAUCUGUUGUUCAUGGUGAACAUUGUCAUUGGACUUCGUCUGUACACAUACUGCAUGAAGAAUCAACAACAUGAGCUCGUCAUAGCCAGCCAUGACUUAUUCCCUAAAGAUCUCCCUUCAGCACAAGAUCGCAUGUCAAAAUCUGAAUCAGUGUCGAGGGAAGCUCUCCCUAUCCCAUUUACAAAUCUCCUGGAAAAUUACUUUCUGAGGUACAUGAGUUCAUCCGUUUCUGUAUCUGCACGAUUAGAGGAACCAAUCCAAAAGAGUCUGGAUGGUUCUCCGCUAUUGAUGAAAUCAUGUCCACUGUAUUGUGAUUGCAAAUACUGCCUCCUGCGUGUCAAGAUCCUGACUGCUUACGUGGCAAAAGAUGAUAUCAUCGAUGACCCAGAUGUGGUGUUGGCAUCCGCACAAAAUACAUGGCAUCACAAAAUAAAACCAAUCACUCGAAAGAAUGUUGUAAUAGAUAUUGCUGUCUGUUUUUACACAAAGGGAGACAAUGUAUCACGAUUACAGGUUCUAAAGAAUGAACUUCAGAACAACAAGGAUCUAUCACAAGCCCUGAAAGCACGCUACACAUAUAUGAUAGCACGGUGUCAUUUGGACCUCAAAGAGUACCCACCUGCUCUCGAGAACAUUGAUGCUGCUAUAGCUGAGUACCCAAAGGAGCGACUUCUUGCACCAAUGAUCAUCAAAUUAGAUAUCCUGUGUAAUAUGGAAGAAUAUGAAAAGCUGAUAAGCUGUAGCCAGGAAUGUCUGCGACUCCAAACUGACCCUGAAUGUAAGCCUUGGGUUGACAAAAGCACUGAUACUCUGUGGAUAUAUUUCUACUACACUCCUGCUUUGAUUCACUUUAAGGAGUAUGAGAAAGCGUUGGAUUACCUGAUCAAAGCUAAACCUCUGUGUAUAGAGGUAGUUGGAGAAACACAUUGGAGAACCAAAACCAUAUUAGAGAGAAUGGCUACCUGCUAUACAGCUCUUGGUCAACAUGAACAGGCAAGUCUUAUGAAAGACAUGAUGUAAAUAAAAUAUCAAAGACCUAUGCAAAAAGUAGUACUAAGCUUAGUAUAGGCUGCUACUGUGCUCAGCAAAGAACUAGUAAGUAAUACUAAACGUAGCAUACAUGUAGGACUAGGACUUCUGAGCAAGGAUUUAUUUUUAGCCUAUUUCAUCGAAGGAGCUUCCGAGAAGAAGAGUAGAUUACAUGCACUCUACCAGCCUCCUUAGUUAAUUCCAAAAAUAGCUCUAGCUGUAGAUUGUAAACAGUUCAUUCAUUUCUGAAAUUGCAACACAGGUUGAAAGAAUAUAUUUAUUACAUGAUUUAUUACUGGUUAUCAUAACUGAAAUAAGUAAUGGUAUCAGGUUGUAACUAGCAGUCAAUCUUCCUCCUUCCCCCCCCCCCCCCCGGCCAAAUCCAAAAUCUUUCAAAAUCAUACAGUUUUUCACCAUUCUGAGCACUUUUUAAGUGAUUUUGGC